ACAUUGCAAGGUUCUCCAUUUCCAAGCUUGUUGGAUCCACAGUCGAACGGUCCAGACUAAGGAACGAAGUACUUAUUACUUCUACUACGUGAUUUCCGUCAGUGGGCGAGAGUGUACAUCAACAAUCUUUCUACGGCCAGCAUGCAUCAGAUGGAAUCGAUAGUUCAAUUUUCGCAGCAAGAGACAGGAAUAUCGGCGGGCACUUUCCUUGAAAAGGAUCGAACAAACAUUCACGCUGCCGAAAUCCAGCAUUAUGUUCCAAGUCCGCUGUCCGAAGAAGAGCCCGAAACAAUAGAGAAACUCCAAACCGGAUACAUGCUUUCCGAUCUCAGCAAUAUUGACAAGCGUCAUGCUAGCCCCUUUGAAUUGGCGGCACAUAUACUCCAUGCUUUAAGUGCCAUUCUGAGUCUUGCGGGAACGAUUGUCUUCUGUCUAUGGCCACUUACUCUGCCGUUGAUGCUAUUUUAUAUCUUCUGGAUACUGAAAUCGAAUGAUGGAUGUUCCGGAAACCUCUGGCGUCGAAGCGAGAACGUCCGUCGUUCACGCAUCUUGAGGGCCUUUGCAUCCUACUUUCCGUGCAAGCUGCGCCGCACCACUUUGCUAUCUCCAAGACGCAAAUAUAUAUUCGCGUAUCAUCCCCACGGCAUAAUCUGUCAUGGUGCUUUCGCAGCAUUUGCAACCGAGGCGUUAGGCUUUUCCAAGCUAUUUCCAGGAAUUACCAACGCACUCCUCACACUGGACACAAACUUCAAGGUCCCAUUCUAUCGGGAGUAUAUCCUGUCCACCGGUCUCGGAGGAGUGUCGCGCAGCUCCUGCAGGCGCUUGCUAUCAUCUGGCGGCCACGACGGCAACGGAGCUGGCCGUGCAAUAACAAUUGCGGUUGGGGGAGCGCGCGAAUCCCUCCUCGCGAAGCCAGGCACAAUGCGAAUCAUCAUUCGAGGACGCAAAGGCUUUGUGAAGCUCGCUGUAGAACAAGGGGCCGACCUCGUUCCUGUUCUCGGGUUCGGUGAGAACGACCUAUAUGACCAAGUCGAAGCCGAUCACUAUCCUUCAAUCAAGCGACUGCAAUCAAUACUGAAGCAGUCCUUGGGGUGGACAUUGCCGAUAUUCUACGGACGCAGUAUUUUGGGUGGCGGUCGCGGCUUUUUGCCUUAUCAGAAGCCCGUUAAUGUAGUUGUUGGGGAGCCAGUGAACGUUGUGCGUCAAGAAGAACCUGAUCCUGAGUAUGUUGAUCAUGUCCAUCAAGUCUACAUGGAUGAGUUACGACGCCUGUGGGACAAAUGGAAGGAUAUAUAUGCGAAGGACAGAAAGGGAGAAUUGGAGUUUCUGUGACUUGUGGAACGCAACGAUAUUGAGUGUAUGAAGGAAAGCGGCAGACGCCGAGGGACAUAGAACUGUUUUGUGACAUUCCUAUUCUAGCAUGAAUAAAAGUCUCGACAGAUAGUAUAAAUGGCAGUCGAUUCGUGCUUGCUAUGGAGCAGUCCAUUACCUCUCGGUGUACUUU